UCCAUCUUGUUCCCAGGGGCAGUUGGCGGAAGAGAUCGUGGUCCCUGGUCGCCUGCUUGCCUUGUUCCGGGAGUUGCUCUGGCCCGUGUCCCAGUUCCCAGCUUCGGCGUGGGGUUCCCUCUUCCAGUCCCCCCGCACCCCGCCUUGGCCGAGGCGGAACAGCGAGGGGGCCCCCCGCUCUUGCCGUCGGCGUUCCAUGGAGUAGGAUCCCGGACCGUUGUGCCGAGCGAGAGCGACAGGCCGAGCUUCUCCGCGCCCCCACCCCCUCCUCCCCCUCCCUUCCUGCUGCUCCUUCCUGCCCUCCCCCCCGCCUUCCGCCGCAACAUGGCGAACAACAGCCCGGCGCUGACAGGCAGCAACUCGCAGCCGCCGCCGCAGCACCAGGCGGCCGCGGCCGCGGCCCAGCAGCAGCAGCAGUGCGGCGGCGGCGGUGGCGGCGCCAUUAAGCCCGCAGCCUCGGGCAAGCAGGGGAACGUGCUGCCGCUGUGGGGCAACGAGAAGACCAUGAACCUCAACCCCAUGAUCCUGACCAACAUCCUGUCGUCGCCCUACUUCAAGGUGCAGCUCUACGAGCUCAAGACCUACCACGAGGUGGUGGACGAGAUCUACUUCAAGGUCACACAUGUUGAGCCGUGGGAAAAAGGAAGCAGAAAAACAGCAGGCCAGACAGGGAUGUGCGGAGGGGUUCGAGGUGUUGGAACAGGAGGAAUUGUUUCUACAGCUUUUUGCCUGUUAUACAAGUUAUUUACUUUGAAACUCACUCGCAAGCAAGUGAUGGGUCUCAUAACACAUACAGAUUCUCCAUAUAUUAGGGCCCUUGGAUUUAUGUAUAUAAGGUACACACAGCCCCCAACAGAUCUCUGGGACUGGUUUGAAUCCUUCCUUGAUGAUGAAGAGGACCUGGAUGUGAAAGCUGGCGGAGGCUGUGUAAUGACCAUUGGGGAAAUGCUUCGUUCUUUUCUCACCAAAUUAGAGUGGUUUUCUACCUUAUUUCCAAGAAUUCCUGUUCCAGUUCAGAAAAAUAUUGAUCAACAAAUUAAAACAAGACCUAGAAAAAUCAAGAAGGACGGGAAGGAAGGAAUUGAAGAAAUAGACCGCCAUACUGAACGAAGACGUUCAAGGUCACCAAGAAGGUCAUUGAGCCCAAGAAGAUCCCCAAGAAGAUCCAGAAGUAGAAGCCAUCAUCGAGAAGGUCAUGGUUCUUCUAGUUUUGACAGAGAAUUAGAAAGAGAGAAGGAACGGCAGCGACUAGAACGUGAGGCCAAGGAGAGGGAAAAAGAAAGGCGAAGAUCCCGAAGCAUUGAUCGUGGGCUAGAACGCAGGCGGAGCAGGAGUAGGGAAAGGCACAGAAGUCGGAGUCGGAGUCGUGACAGAAAGGGAGAUAGGAGGGACAGAGAUCGUGAAAAAGAGAAUGAGAGAGGCCGGAGAAGAGACCGUGAUUAUGACAAAGAAAGAGGCAAUGAAAGAGAAAAAGAGAGGGAAAGGUCAAGAGAGCGGAGAAGUAGGAGUGAGGUAGAAGAGAAGAAACAUAAGGAGGACAAAGAUGAAAAGAAGCACAGGGAUGACAAAAAAGAUUCCAAAAAAGAGAAAAAACAUAGUAGAAGUAGAAGCAGGGAAAGGAAGCAUCGAAGUAGAAGCCGAAGUAGAAAUACAGGAAAGCGCAGUCGAAGCCGGAGCAAAGAAAAGGCAAGUAAACAUAAAAAUGAGAGUAAAGAAAAAUCAAAUAAACGAAGCAGAAGUGGCAGUCGAGGAAGAACUGGCAGUGUUGAAAAGUCCAGAAAACGGGAACACAGUCCCAGCAAGGAAAAAUCCCGAAAACGUAGCAGAAGCAAAGAGCGUUCUCACAAACGAGAGCACAGUGAUAGCAAGGACCAGUCUGACAAACAGGAUCGCCGGAGGAGCCAGAGUACAGAGCGCGAGAGCCAAGAAAAGCAGCAUAAAAACAAAGAUGAGACUGUGUGAAGUUUUUUGUUUUUUCUUUUUUCUUCUUUUUUGGUUUAUUUUGUAAAAGUGGAUCACAUUGAAUCCUAUAAAUGUUUGAUUAAAUCCUGCUUAUUUUUCUUCCUUAAAGUUGAGAUUGUGCAGUAGUUACGCACUCUUCAACCUCCCUAUAUAUAGGCUGCAGAUUUUCAUUUCCCAUUUUGUGUAGGGAAGUGCCUUUGUAAUCCCAUUUAUUGCAUUGACGUUUCCAUCCAUUUGUUGAGUUUAAGUCAUGAUGCAACGAUUGUUCUUGCAUUUUUAUUGUUUGGUUGUUUCUGAAAUGUACAGUCUGUACAUAUGUCCUGAAAAUGUUUUAAUUCCUUUGGCAUGGUUGCCAUGUUGGUUAAAUUUGUAUAAGGCAAUAAACUGCCACUAAUUCUACUUUGUUUUGUAGAUGUGGGAUUAUGGUUUCUGUACUGAAGUUAGCAUGGCUGUGCUUUGCAUAAUAGGAACUGAAGACUUUCAGGAUGAGUCUUGAAUGUGUAUUAUAACAGAAAUAUUUAUGUGCAUACAGUGUACAUGAAGGCUAGGAUUAACUUUUUUUGUUUGUUGUAUCUUACCUUGGAAAAGCCUUUUAAAAAUGUAUUACAUUUAGAUUCCCGACAAAGCUACCUUUAGUGUGGAUUUUCAAGAGGUUAUCAAUUUCUGAUGCAGGGGGUUUAAGUAAGGCUGCAGUUUAUUCAGUAGUCCCCUUUUAGAGUGGUACCUCAAAGGGACACUGUGAGUAAGCCUGGAAUUUAUUCACCUAGUUUUCUUUUUCUCUUUUUUUUUAAAUUACUUUGAAAAAUGUCAUGUCAUGUAACCAUUUUUUUUUCUUUAAUGCAGUCUCAGAUUUUUUUUUUUAAUAUUGAAGGAAAAAUCAAUGCCAGCAGCCUAGCAUUCUUGCAGCAACCCUACACUAACGUGUAUGAGAUGAGAGGGAGGGACAACCUGGUAAAAAGAAAUAUAUUCAAGCCUCAAGCUUCCAAAGCAUUUUUAUAAAUGGAAAAGUAUUUAAAUUAUGAGAUACCUUGAUAGUGUCCUUUUUUAAAAAAGUCAUAACAUGUUUUUUUAUCAAUACUGACAAUUGCUGUUUGAGUUUGAGAACUUCAUCUAGAAGAGAGAAGUAUUAAAGAUUAAAGUGAUGCUAUAAUGCAUUAUUAAAGAAUCAUCAGUCAGCAAAUUAUUUAACAGGCUGUUCUUAUGACAUGUGUACUGAUUGAGGAGAACCAUCAUGAGUCUGGAAUAAACACUGGAUUAAAUCCUUUAUUCUGGGUGUUGACUUUUCCCCCAUCUGUUUUCACAAAUAUUCAAAUGAGAAUUUUGUUACGGUGGAUCAUUGUAAAACUUAACUGAAGUAAGCAUUUAACUUUCUACAGUUUAGUAACCUUGCACUAACUAGAUAAGGUGGCAAAAGAAUGAGAAGGAAAGCACACCUAUGACUAAAAGUCUGAAAUAUUCUUUGCUAAUGCUACGUAUUAGCUUUUUUAGCCUAUUCACAAGUCCAAAAUAAAGCAAUUGUUGGGGAUAUGACUCACAAUAGGAAGUUGCGUAAUACAUUACUCCUUGACUUUGCUCCUUUCUCCUCCCUCUGUACCCUCCUAGGUUUUUUUUACUGUACACAUGUUUGCUGUCAUCUUGUCCCCACCACCACCAAAAAAAGGUCCAGUUUUUGUUGUUGUUUAGAACCUAGUUUUGUCCCUGGCUUUAAGAAGCCAGAAUGGUCAAGUGGCUGAUUUUUAAAUUACAAAUUGAAAAUUUUUAUGAUUUGACUUGAUAAGCUAUACAUAAAAUUAUAUGAAAAGUGUUUUCUGGAUACAGACACUGGGAAAAUAAAAAGAGACAAAACAUGUGAUUAGGCUGUGUAGUCAAAAAUUACUGUCUGAAUCAGCUAAGUAAGUAUUAAAUUUUUAGAUUGACACCAUCCAACCUUAAAUACAUCCUGUAUCAUUGCUCAUUUGGAAAACAGUAAUAAUUUUCAGUCACAUAUAAUUAAGGAUGAAUAACAGUUUCUUCAAGGUCAUGUCUGACUUGUAUAAAUGUUAAGCUUGUAUAUAGUGUUUUGUACUUGGGUCACAUUAAGCGAUUUUUCUAUGUACUUCGAUUUUAUUGGCUAUAAUGUAACUAGUGCUAUUUUCACUAUGGUAUCUAUAAUGGAAAGAGCACUGAAUCUCACAAAGAAAACCUGCGUUUUAGGCCACUGUGAGACUGAAUAAGUCAAUCAGUCUCUUUGGGCCUCCUUUUCUGAAAAGCAGAUUGGGGAUGUUGGGCCAGAUCUAAGCAGCUUUCCUGCUUUAGCAUUUUGUGUGCGCGUGAGAGUGUGUGUGUGUGUGUGUGUGUGUGUGUAUGUGUGUAUGUAUGUAUGGGUACAGUGAUACAGAAUCAAGUGAUUCAGGCAUUUUGGAUAUCUACCCAAAAAUGUUACUCCAACCAUCUCUCAGCAAAGGUUAGGACUCAAUUUCUAAAAUGAAUGGUAUGAAGGGGGGACGUUAUCAAUUAUUUUAAAGGAUCUGUGGAUCCAAGUUGGGUAUAUGCUGAAUUAAUGUGCUUUCACUGGAGUAAGUAAACUACUGUUUUCAAGCUCCAAAUAAUUUGAAAUAGGUAGAUGGCAAUAUCACCAUUCAAAUAAGCCUGUGGCAUUUUAAUUAAGAAUUUUCUUAAGUUAGGAUCAAUUUUGAGAAGUUUUUUUCCCCCUUGUAGGGCUAGAGUAUAUACCAUUCCACUAGAUUUUAGAAUUCUUUGGGUUGGUGAUUAAAAAAAGGAAUGGGAAAUCUGAAAGAGCAAGGUAGGAAAGCUAUUGUUUCUUGAUGUUAUGAAAGAAAAAUUAUGAGUGAAAUUAAAGGUUUGAAUUAGAUAUUUUUAGCAGCUUGAAAAAACCUACAGUUCUAACCAUUUGAGUUCCAGUAUGAUGUCUUUAGAAUAUGUAAAUUGUCAGGCUAAUUUUGAAGUAUAUGCAUCAACUGUGAAUUAAAAUGCCCAAUAAGAAUAUUGUAGAUAUUCAGUAAUGAUAUUUCUUAACUGUGUAGGUAAAGAUCCAAAGUCUUCAAGGUGUGAGACAAACAAGUAGAAGCCUAUUCUCGGCAUGAAGUUGGGGGGAGGGGGAUGUGGGGAGGACUUAGCAUGUCUAAAUUUUGGUGCUGCUUUUGAAUAUAGUUUUACUUGAUUCAGCAUUGUAGAUCAGUAGAUAACGAAAUGUAAGAUUUAAAUUUGGGGUGAUAAGGACAAGAAGUUGUUCCCACUAGUCUUUGUGUGCUAUUUGCUUUAUUGUAAUUUUAAAAGUCAUAAUUUGUGAACAUUUAUUAGGCGCCUAUUAUGUGCCAGGCAUUGAACCUUCAAUGUUCCAUGAAGGAAAUGAUCCAUUUUUGUCCUGUACGUUUAAAUGAUGCUAGUUAUUACGUAUUGUGUAGUUGCUAUGAUUCAUCUUCUAAGAGUAAGUUUCCAGAAAGACUGGGGAAAGGUAGAGUUGUGAAAGUACCAUUUCAUUUCUCUGUCCUUUUCCUACCUUCUUACUUAGGGGAUUUCUUUCGUAUGACUUAAACAGAACCCAUCUGACAUUUUCAAAUAACUUGUUGCAACUUGAGUUUUUAUUUUUUUGAAAAAUGUUAACCAUGCAAUUAAAUUCCCUUCAUGUGUUAGUGUAUCAAAAUAUUGUCAUAAAGUAAGUAUGUUGAGUAUUGCCUUUUUUAGCCGUAUUUAAGUUUGUGGUUUAGUCCCUGUAAGGGACUUUCUGCAUUGUUUCUCAUUAAAAUUAAAGGGUUUUUCACCUGUGA